UUUUUUUUGUAACUCUUCUACUCUAUUGUUGGCUGGCUUUUGGUUUUGGGGGAGGGGUUGAUAUGCAAGUUCAAGAGGAAUUUGUGGGCUGUAAUGAUCAUCAAGCCUUGAUCAUGAAAGGCAAGCGUACGAAGCGGCAAAGGUCAUCUUCCCCGUUUGGUGUCACGGUAACUUCUAGCUUGUCAAGUGCUUGUGAUUAUGGUGGCAAUAGCGAUGGUGGUGGUGGUGGUGGAGUGGCGGAGGAAUAUAACUCAGUUUCCUCUCCGGUGACGUCUGGUGAGAUUUAUGAGAGCACUGAGGAAGAAGAGGACAUGGCUAAUUGCCUAAUAAUGUUAGCACAAAGUGAUGGUCCAAAAAGGAGUGUUGAAGAGAAAUUCAAGAUUGAAAAGUUUGGUGCUCGAAAGUUCUCUGAGAUAGCUACAACAACAAACAAGGCUGGAUUUUAUGUCUACGAGUGUAAAACUUGUAACCGUUGUUUCCCUUCAUUCCAAGCACUAGGAGGGCACAGGGCAAGCCACAAGAAGCCCAAGGCGGCCAUGGCAGAAGAGAAAAAACCACUUGUUUUGGCCGUUAAAGAUCAUGAUGUUGAAGAAGCACAAUUCAGCAAAGAAAGUCCUGUAAUUGCUUUACAAGUAAGUAACAACAAGGCUUGUCAUGGGAACAAGGGUAAGAUUCACGAAUGUUCAAUCUGUGGCUCCGAAUUCACUUCUGGUCAAGCCCUUGGAGGUCACAUGAGACGGCACAGGGCGGCAGCAGCAGCAGCAGCAGCAGCAGCAGCAGCAGCGGCAGCCGCAGCCGCAGCUGCUGUUAGUAAUCAAGCUGCCAUGAGUGUUGAUACUUCUAGCACUACAAUUGACUCCAGCAAUGGUGAUGACAUCAAGCCUAGAAAUAUUCUAUCUUUGGAUCUUAAUCUUCCUGCACCAGAAGAUGAUCUCAGGGACUCCAAGUUCCAAUUCGGAGCACCCCAACAAGCUAUUGUUUUCUCCACACCAGCUUUGGUAGAUUGCCAUUACUAAACCAAAAAGAAAAUCAUGGAUCAAUGUGAAUUACAAUUAGUAUCGUUCCAAUUCGAUAUCAUUUACAAUUACCAAUUAUUAUAGUAAUUCUUUUGAGUUCUUUUUUUUUUAGAGUUCUGAUUUUUGAUGAUCUACUUGUUGAAGUUGAAUACUUUGAGUAAGUGGUUAGUUUUCAUGGUUGCCUUUCAUUCACGAAAAGUGAGUGAUAGGGGCAUCUUCUUUU